UCCCGUAGUUUGUGGACAUUACUGAUUGUCGAUGUAAACGAUGGGAAUUAAUGAGAAUCAAUGGGAAUUACAGAUACAAUUACGCGAAUAUCUGUAAUUACUUUUAAAGUAGAUUUGUAGGCAAAUAGUAUAUAUAUAACAUACAUAUAUGUGAGACGUAAAUGUGUGCAUACAUAUUGUAUGGAUAACCGUUGCGUUGCGUUGAAUACAUGUCGGUUAAUUGUGUUGUGUGUAUGAAUUCCAAUUAAUACUCCAAUUGACUAUAUCAGAUCGCCAAAAUACAGUAAAUUUUCAAAUUAUUUCGACAAGAGGAAAUGUUUCCAGCGUAUGCUUAUCUGUCUGCUUAUGACAGACAUAAGAAACUUAUAAACGAUUAUUUGACACUGCAUGGAGGGUCCAUAUCAUCUUUAAAACGCGACACGUCCCGAGAUAAGACAGACUAUGACGUUAUUAAAGAAAACCAUAAAUUUCUUUGGGAUCAGAAUAAUGAUGAGCCAGACACAUGGGGCGCACGCUUGGCUAAAAAGUAUUAUGAUAAAUUGUUUAAAGAAUACUGUAUCGCCGAUUUAUUAUAUUACAAGCAAAACAAGGUUGCCUUAAGAUGGAGAACAGAGAAGGAAGUAAUAGUUGGAAAAGGCCAAUUUGAAUGUGGAAACAAAAGAUGCAACACAAAUGAGGAUCUUAGAUCUUGGGAGGUAAACUUUGGUUAUGUUGAACACGGGGAGAAAAAGAAUGCUCUUGUGAAAUUAAGAUUGUGCCCUGAAUGUUCGACAAAAUUAAAUUAUCGAUCGCAAAAACAGGAAGCGAAGAGACACAAAGCAUUAAAGAGAUUGGGAAAAAAUCUAGAAGCGCAGACCGAUAUACCGAGUACAUCUGCUGUAACUAUUAAAAUCGAAGACGACGACUUGACAAAUAACACUAAAGAAUCUGUCACUCAAGUGGAAAAAGAUGAAUCGGCAAUUUGGAAAGAGAAACCAGCAGACUGUUUGGAAAAGACCAGGGAAGAGGAGUUUGAAGAGUACUUGGCAGAUCUGCUAAUGUAACAAAAUAUUUCAGUUUAUGUGAUACCUAUUAAUAUUAGUAAAGACAAAACAUUAUUGUUUAUUAAUAAUGCUGUUAAAGAAUAUAACAAUUUUUACAUAUAACACUAGUCAUGUUUAAAUAAAUAUAACAAUUAUAAUCGUUGUAUAUUUAUUUUAAUCGAUACAUGAAUCAUAUUUUACCAUUAUGCCAUAUGAUAACAAGGCUUAAUAUUCACAUUUGUUUAAUACGUAUACGAAGAGUAAUUCCUGUUCAUGUACGCUCGCAUCUUCAAGAGAAACGAAAUCUUUAUCGUGUGGAAAAAAACUAGCACCAACCAACAAAUAUACUUCGAUGUAUAUUUUACAAUAAAUAAAUACAACUAUUUACUUAUUUUACUGCA